AGUUGGGUGGGACUAUCAACCUAGUAGCCAACACUACAACGGCUGUGUAGAUCGGAGAGGAUAGCGGUACUGUGUUGAGUCGAUGUUGUUUUGAUACGGUUUACAUUGUGCCGGACGUGUAUGUGCGCAUAAACGAUAUUUGCUUUCAUGAAAUUUUUCUGCUGGGUAGACUCCUAUGUUUUGGCUGAGCUGUUAAAAAAUGUCAGAAAAACAGAAUAAUUUUCCACCACUGCCCAAAUUUGUCCGAGUGAAACCUUGCUUCUAUCAGAACUUUGACGAAGAGAUACCAGUUCAGUACCGCACUUUGGUGAAGAAGAUUUACCGUUUAUGGAUGUUGUACUGUAUUACACUUGUAGUGAACCUUGUCGCUUGCCUUGCUUGGUGGAUUGGAGGUGGUGGUGGUGUCAAUUUUGGAUUUUCUGUUCUCUGGCUAGUUCUUUUCAGUCCGUGCAGCUAUGUGUGCUGGUUUCGGCCAGUUUAUAAAGCCUUCAGGGCAGACAGCUCAUUCAAUUUUAUGGCUUUCUUCUGGAUCUUUGGAAUUCAGUUUAUUUUAACAGUUACUCAAGCUAUUGGUUUUCCAGGCUGGGGAGCAUGUGGUUGGAUAGCGGCAUCCUUUUUUUUCAAUACAAAUGUCGGCUCGGCAGUGGUGAUGUUGUUUCCAGCUAUAAUGUUUACACUUUGUGCUAUUCUGAUGGCCCUUACUCUUUUUCGGGUUCAUAAGCACUAUAGAGGAGGAGGAGGUAGUCUGCAUAAAGCCCAGGAAGAGUGGAACAGUGGUGCAUGGAAAGUCGCCCAAAGUAGCGGCACCCAGUUUAGCUCAGUUUCUGGAAGCACACUGCCGGAAUACCCAACUGUGCCAAGCUACCCUAGCAACAAUCAGUGGCAGUAAUCUAGUCAGUUGUGUAACAAGUUGUCUUUUUUUGCCAUAUGGAAGUUCUAUGGAAAUUUGUUUUAUUUUUUUGUAUUCACGUGUUCAAGCAGGUUAACAUUUGUUCAAAGCAAGAAGCCACCUCAACAGUCGCGCAUUUGAGGCUGAGGCAAGACCAAUAUA